GGUUCGAUUGUAGAUACUUGCAACGCCACGCGAAUAAUAUUUCGUUUAUUUUGCGCAUAUAAAUUAAAAAUUGUGACGCCCCGAUUGAAUAUUGUUAGGCAUGGCGCAUGUAGUGAAAAUGGAAAACGGCCAGAGCCAAACCAUACAGGAAAUGUUGGGCUGCAUCGAGCGCUACAAUCCGGAUCACUUAAAAAUACUGGAAUCUUACGUGCAGGACCAAGCCAAGAACAAUACAUACGAUCUGGAGGCCAAUCUGGCAGUACUCAAGCUCUAUCAGUUCAAUCCGCACAUGCUCAACUUUGACAUCACCUACACAAUUCUGUUAAAGUGUCUUACGAACUUGCCGCACACGGAUUUCGUUAUGGCCAAGUGCUUGUUGCUGCCGCAGCAGAUGAAGGACGAGAACAUACAGACCAUCAUCGAUUUGGCUGAUAUACUGGAGCGUGCUGACUUCACUUUGUUCUGGCAACGCGCCGAAGUCAACCGCACCAUGUUCCGUCACAUUACUGGAUUCCAUGACUCGAUACGCAAAUUUGUGUCGCAUGUCGUGGGCACCACCUUCCAGACGAUCAAGAGGGACUUGCUGAAGGAGCUGCUGGGCGGCAUUGAGGACUCGACCCUUGAGAAUUGGAUUAAGCGUAAUGGAUGGAAACAUCAGGGUCAAGAUUUGGUUGUUGUCGCAACGCAGGAUGAUAAGAUCAAGACCAAAAACAUUACGGAAAAGAUCGAGUUCGACAAUGUGGGUGCGCUAAUGGCCCAAUGUCUCUAAGCUAAAUAAGGUUUAUAUUUCUAACGAAUAAGUAAUGUCCCAAUGUUCAAUACAAAUGGGAAUGCCAAUAAAAACGAGGCACACAUUAAAAA